GCCAUUCGGAGUCGGAGCCGACCCACUUGCGCCAUCGGAAUAAUCAGAUCCUUCGCCGCAGCCGCCUAAUGCGUGCUCUUGCGCAUCCUCGCCUGGGGCCAUCCGCAGCCGUCCGAUCAACAUCGGACGGUCCCCGACGCUCCACCCUUCUCCCACCUGCUCUCCCCUUCCCCGCUGCCCGCCUCCGUUUCCGCCGCCCGCCGGAGUCCUCGUCGCCGACCACUCGCCGGAGCCGGGCCAUGCCUCCUCCCACUGAGGCGGCCGCAGCCGGUGGCGCCGCCGGCGGCUCCUUCCCCGAGCUCACUUGCCCCGCUGACUUCGCCGCCGUCGCCGCCCCCGGCGGCCGAAUCUCCGUCGUAGGCUUCGGCUCCCUCCUCUCCGAGCGGAGCGCGAGGAGCACGUUCCCGGAACUGGAGGGCUUCCGCGUGGCGGCACUGCGGGGGUUCCGGCGGGUCUUCGCCCACUCCGCACCCAUCUUCUUCGAGCGCGGCAUCGCCGUCGAGGCCACCAAGGAAUUCUCAAGCUUAAGCGUGGAGCCAUGUGAGGGGGAACUGAUAGUAGUCACUGUUUUCGAAAUCAAUGAGGAGGAGGUGCCAGCAUUUAUCGAGAGGGAACAUGAGUUUAGAUUUCUUGCGGUCGUUCCUGAAGGAUUGGAUGGAGUGCCUUUUACAAAUCGGGCAGUUGUCUGUGCACGCUACAGCGAUGAAGAAUAUUUCCAGGAGAGAUGCCAAGGAAGCAAGGAAAUAUAUAACCAGCGCUAUGGACGUUACAACAUUGAUAAAAUAUGGAGAGAUGAUAUUUUACCAUGUCGUUUAUACCUUAGACAUUGUGUUCUCGCUGCGAAAAAUCUGGGAGAACCAGCAUACAGCAACUUCUUAGACCACACUUAUCUUGGCGACCGGAAAACCACAAUAAGAGAAUAUUUGGCCAGUACUGGAGCUGGCAUCAUGGAAGAGGAACCUCCUGAAUCGCUCAAAAGCCGCUACGGUGGCUGAUUAGACGACGACUCUCGUAGCUACCACUGAUAUAACUUUCAUGCUCUUCAAGCGUAUCAAAUCAAACAGCUGGUGAGCUGGUGUGUCCCAUGACUUGCCAAAUAAUGCACGGUGCUUAAUUGCAGGAGAUCUAAGAUUACGAUUUGCUGGGCGGAUGGCGCCAAACAUGUGAUUUGUGACCAAAUCGUGAUUGAUGUGCAUCUAUAAUCGCGACUAUUUGCCUUCAUAACAGGAAUUCAGAGCCA